GUUUGGUAAUCAGGUUUCUGGAAAUCCGAAGAAUCAUCCAAAAAUUCAUCCAAAAAGUUGUUUUGGGUGCCAUGUUCCUGAUGCGUUGUCUCCGACCAAUGGAUAUAUCUACCUACUUACGUAUCAGGCGUGCAUCACUCCUUUGUCUGUCAUCACCGUGUAUUCUCUACCACAUUCAAUCAAGUCGCGAAAUCACACGAUAUGACAGCCCACAACGAGCCUCCACCAGCUUACAUAGGCAAUGUCGCUGUCACUGCGAGCCAGACAGAUACUCCACACGAAUUGCUAAGCUCAGAUGUUACCGAUGAGAAAACCCCUGUUUCCGACUCAUCUAUUCCAGAGGAGGGCACACACAAAGCUGAAGACCGCCCUGCACCCGUGAGGACUGUUUCCGGCCUAAAGUGGUUUUUUGCGUAUCUUUCCGUUCUUUCGACCGUCUUUUUGUUUGCUCUGGAUGGCACCAUCGUUGCUGAUAUUCAGCCCGCAAUUAUCAAGACGCUUGGAGAUACGGAGAACCUACCGUGGAUUGGUGUGGCGAUGAGCCUUGGAACUGUUUCCAUCCUACCCCAUGGAAAAGCUCUUGCCGUAUUCAACGUGAAAUGGUACUUUCUCGCCUGUGUUGUUGGCUUCGAAGUCGGCAGCGUCAUUUGCGGUGCAGCGCCUACUCUGAAUGCCUUGAUCGUCGGACGGCUCAUCCUGGGAAUUUUCGGUUCUGGUGUCUACUCAGGCUCCCUCACGUAUAUCGCUUUAAGCACCAGUGACCAUGAACGACCUCUGUACUUCUCAGGCAUUGUUGCGAUGUGGGGUACUGGCAGCGUUCUUGGUCCUAUUAUCGGUGGCGCCUUUGCCCAAAGCAGCGCUACAUGGAGAUGGGCAUUCUAUAUCAAUCUCGUUGUGGCCGCCGUCUUCAUUCCAGCAUUUAUCUUCUGUCUGCCCCCGAUUAGCCCGUCAAGCUUACCAUUGGCCAAAAAGAUUCGCACACAGGACUGGGUCGGUAUUAUCAUUUUUGAGGCUGGCUCUGCCUGUUAUGCUAUGGCCGUCACUUUUGGCGGUGUCUUUUACACUUUUAACAGCCCGUCCGAAAUUGUGCUUUGGGUAAUGACCGGCGUUUUGCUCAUCGCAUUCGUCCUCGUCACGAUAUACCACCCCGGGGUUUCUAAAGACAAUAGACUUUACCCAGGCCACUUUAUGAAGCGCAUAGAUCUUAUCAUUCUCCAGCUUCAGCUGUUUGUGGCUUCUGGCGCUAUGAUGACAAGUGUAUACUAUACUCCUCUGAUCUUUCAAUUCACCAGAGGAGAUGGAGCUUUAAUGGCUGGUGUGCGACUUUUGCCGCUGAUGAGCAUGAUUGUUGCUUUCUCUGUCAUCAACGGCGCGCUAAUGCCUAAGUUUGGUUACUACAAACCCUGGUAUAUCUUUGGCAACGCUACAAUUCUAGCUGGUGCGGCAUGCAUGCUUACCAUUGAUGCAUCAACUUCCUCCUCCAAUAUCUAUGGCUAUACAGUGCUCAUCGGGAUGGGUGUUGGUUCAUUUUUGACUGCAGGUAUUGCAGUAGUGUCGACCCUCGUGCCGCCAGCUGAGGUGAAUGAUGCUGUGGGAUUUAUGACAGCCGCACAAAAUAUGGCCUUGAUUACCUUCCUCGGCAUUGCUGGCUCUUUGUAUCAAAAUAUCGGGGUGGAGAAGCUUGAAGCCGUUCUGCCAAAUGCCACGCACGAGGAGCUGCUGCAAAUGACUACCGGCAUACAGAGCUCCUACUUCCAAAGUCUCCGCUCUACACUUCAAGAAGCGGUAAUUGAACAAGUGACAAUCACCAUUCGCAACAUAUUUGCCCUCAUCAUGGCGGGCGCAGCUUUGUCAUUUGUUGCUUCCCUUUUCUUGGCACACAAAAAGCUUUAUUAAACGGGAAUUAGGGUUAUCAGACAGGAAUAAUUGAGAUAGGCACAAAGUCGGUUUUAUAUUGGGGUGCCAUCUUGGGGACCGAGGUUUUUCAACUAUCCAUACUCUGUGGUGUAUAUAUCUAGAUAUACUCGUGGAGAUGGAUCAGUUUCAUAUAUUUGGGUAUAUGUUAUGGUUAUCCAAUAGAGAAUUGUGAGAGUGAAGUAUAUGUCAGAAUAGGACUAAUAAGUAGUAAAUACUAUUGAUAUUAA